UACCAUCCAAUCACCACACAGGAGCCUGCAGCUGCGUCCAUAAGAGACGCGGGCGGGGGCGCUUGCAUCCUCUUGGAAGUCGCUGUGGUCCCCGCGCAUCUCCGUGCGCACCGGCCCCGCGCGGCCCGAGAAGUCCCGUCUCCGUCGCUCUCACUUGCCGGCGCCGCGGGGCCGCGAGGAGGACGCCUGGAGGGUCCGGAGCGGGCGGUGAUGGACUCGCUGGUCUUUGAGGACGUGGCUGUGAACUUCACCCCGGAGGAGUGGGCUCUGCUGGAUGGUGCUCAGAGGAAGCUCUACAGAGACGUGAUGCUGGAGACCUGCAGGAACCUGGCCUCCGUGGAUUGUUGCCCUCAAGUUAAAACCAGUGGAUUGAGACUUCAGCAGGGUAUAUUGGAGAAUAAAACAGCCAGCGAAGAGAAAAUAGUAAGGUUCAUAAGAUGUGAGUGCCGGUCUGUUUUUGGCAAAAACUGGACAUUUCAGAACAUUGGAGAUCACCCAGCCCAGGAGAGGCCUGUGAGGAGCCAUUUGGUGCAGAGUCUCCGUGGAAGUAAUGGAGGUGAUCGCUGUGGAGAAACCCUGAACCAGAUUACAGACCUUCCUGUGCCUGAGACAUAUCCGACUGGAGUUAAACCCGGUGAAUGCACGAAGUGUGGAGAAGCCCUCAGGGAUUGUUCUCUCCUAAAGAAUCAGCAAAGACCUCACACUGGACACAAAUCUUAUCCAUGUGAGGAAUGUGGGCGGGCCUGCAGUUGUGUCUCGUGCCUAAGCACUCAUGUGGAAACAGACAGUGUAGAUAAACCCUGUAAAAUGUGUCAGGAUACUGGGAGAGCAUCUAAGAGACCCGUGAAGAGGCUCCAUAGAAAAAAAUCUUUUGAGUGUAAGAAAUGUGGACAAGUUUACACUUGCGCCUCAUCCUUACAGGAACAUGACAGAGGUCACUGUGGAGAGAAAACCCAUGCGUGUACAGUUUGUGGGAAAUCCUUUAUGUAUGACUCCUACCUAUUACGACAUGUGAGAACUCAUGCUAGAGACAAACACUACGAAUGUAAAGAAUGUGGGGAGGCCUUCAGUCGCUUCUCAUACUUUCUUCCACAUAUGCGAAGGCACUUUGGAGGGAAACCCACUGAAUGCUGGACUUGUGGGAAAGCCUUCAGUCACGUGGCCUCCCUUCAAGUACAUAUUAGAACACACACUGGGGAGAGACCCUAUGAGUGUCAGCUGUGUGGGAAAGCUUUCAGUCGUUCGUCCUCCCUGCGAGUACAUGUGAGAACACACACUGGUGAGAGACCCCAUGAAUGUCAGCACUGUGGGAAAGCCUUCUGCUUCCUGUCCUCCCUUCGAAGACAUGUGAGGAUGCACACUGGAGAGAGACCCUAUGUGUGUCAGCACUGUGGGAAAGCUUUCAUUUGUUCCUCCUCCUUGCAAGUACAUAGGAGAACACACACUGGGGAGAGACCCCACAAGUGUCAGCACUGUGAGAAAGCUUUUGGUCUUCCCUGCUCUUUGCAAGCACAUGUGAGAACGCAUACUGGGGAGAGACCCUAUGAGUGUCAGCACUGCGGGAAAACCUUGAGCUCCCUCUCCUGCCUUCGAGGACAUCUGAGGAUGCACACUGGGGAGAGACCCUAUGAAUGUCAGCAGUGUGGGAAGGCCUUCAGACAUCGUGCAAACCUUCGAGUGCAUGGGAGGACGCACAGUGGAGAGAGACCCUAUGAAUGUCAAGAAUGUGGGAAAGUUUACAAGUAUUCCAAUAACUGGGGAGCACACAUGAGGACACACACUGGCAAGACAGGGAAUGAAUGUCAGCACUGUGGGAAAGCCUUCAAGUAUGUCACGUCUCUACAAGUACAUGUGAGAACACACACUGGACGGUAGCUCUGCAUACAAGGACUGAGGGGAAGCCUUCAUUCUCGCUUAGAACCUGUUUUAAAUGCAAGCAAACACACUGGAGAGACAGGUUAAAAAUUGGAAGAAUGUGGGAAAACCUUCAAGUGUCGCACUUCAUCUAUUUUGUACAUGGGAACUCAGGGGAGACAAAAAUCCUUUAAACGUUAGAAAUGUGAUUUUGUCUUUGUGUCUCAUCCUUACUUGGGACCCCCAGUGUAUUGGUUUCUAGUUCACAUUGCUGAUAUGAAGUCAAUAUUAGAAUAUCUGUCUAUGACCCCACCAUCUGUGUUAUACAUAUUUUGUUAUCUUGGACUUUAAAUAAUUGUACUGUUAUAUGACACUUGUCUAUUUUGUGUCACAGUGUCUUUUGGGUCCAGGGAUGACAGUGGUUUUUGUUUUUAGGGGUGUUUUUCCAUGUGCAACUUGGUAUUAUUUUGGAUGAACUUUGUUUUCUUUCUUUCCAUUAUGCUCCUGGUCUGUGAUGAUGAUGGUAUGAGACCUGUAUUGUUGAAAUUUCUUUUCUGGUCCACUGUUGCAGGGAGUUUUCUGACUUGAUAUCUACUCUCCCCUGAAUUCUUUAUUAUUGAAAGAUGUAUCUUCCACUUUUGAUUGUUGCUAGUAGAUACGUCAUCGGUUCCUCACAGAAAUUAGUAAUUAUGGAAAGAUCUUGAGAGGACAGUCUCAUGGGAUUAUGUUCAAAAUUGGAGUCUGCUCAUUCUCCUUGAUCUUGGUUGGAAAUUUUCAUGAAGCCUGGUGUCCAGAUGCUUCUAUUGAAUUGUGCUGUCACCUUGGGGAGGGUGGGAAACCGUGUGUCCCAGAGUCCUUCUGUUUGUGGCUCUGAGUUAAAGUUCACGAGCAGAGGAGGACACAUGAGGUUUGGAAAGAAGAAGUGAAGAAGCCAUGAUUCUCAGUUCUCCUGUCCCGUCAGGAGACAAAGGUGCCUGGGAACCUAGGGGCCUGCAUCACAGCCCUCUUUUCUGACUUGUGGCUCUGCCCAUCUGGAACAGCCCCAACCAAACACCAUGUUUGACAUCAGUCCCCUCUCAGGCACCAGAUCCUACAGACUUUCCCAGAAGCUCCCCCAUUGUGGACCCUCUUUGGUUUGCAGAUUCACACAGUUACUUGCAUUUUCAUGUAGCUCUUUGGUGUCCAUCAGGUCACUUCUUUAGGUUGUCACACUUAGUUAUCUUCUCAUUUUUGACACACUUCAAGGCUUCUAAUUACGUGAAUUCUGUGGGGAGCAUCUUGUUGUCUAAUAGUGGCCCUGUUUCCUGCCUCCACACUGACAAAUUUAAUUUUGCAGCCGCAAGUGGAGGAAACUUACUUCCUUGGUUGCAUAGUUGAGAGCCUGCACUCAUGCUGCAUUUCUUCUUUCUGAAUAGUUUCAUGAUUGAAAGCAGAAUUUGUGAACAUAUUUGGCUGUUUGUGAGAGUUUUCUCUUACAUCUGCCUGCUCUGUAAAUGAUAAAUGCACUGUUUACUUUACAGUUUAUGUGUGAUUACCCCGUGUUUAAGUCUUUCAUGUUUUUUCUGUUCAAUGAAAAUUGCAUUUUCUGUAGAAGAUGAUAAUCUACAUUGUUUCCUCAUGAGAGCACAUUACCUUUAUUUUGAAAACUGUUGUAUACUUACAAGUGCUAUUCUGUUUUAUGUUUCAUUAACUGAGAGAAUAGGUUAAAAUAUCCAACUAUACAUUUUUAUUUUUGUAAUUAUGUCGACUUUUCUGUAUGUAUUCUGGGAUAGUAGUACUAAAUAUGUAUGCUUCCUGACA